AUGUUUAAAGUUACAACAGUUGCCUUCUUGGUGAUCGUGACAUUUGUGGACUGGAUCUGUGGCUUAAGGCUUACCAUACUGCACACCAAUGAUAUGCACUCCUGGUUCGAUCCCAUUUCCGGUAAAGGUGGAAAAUGUAAAGGUAAUGAUGAUGUGAUGGGCUUAUGUUUCGGAGGAUUUGGAAGGGUGGCUACAGUGGUUAACACUACCAGGAAUACUGCAAAUGACCCAGUUCUCUAUUUAAAUGGUGGCGAUUCCUUCCAAGGAACUCCCUGGUUUUCAGUUUAUCGAGGCAAAAUGGUGGCAGAAAUGCUAAAUUUGUUGGCGCCUGAUGCCAUGACCCUUGGAGUUCACGAGCUUGACGAUGGAGCGGGGGCCUUUGCCGAUUUUUUGGAUAUUAUUAAGUUUCCAGUGGUCACCAGCAAUGUAAACUUGAAGGGGGAACCCAGACUUGCAAGUCAUAAACAUUUAGUUUCCUCCACGGUUGUUACAAAGGGUAAUCAUAAGAUUGGCAUCGUGGGUUAUAUAAGGACGGAUACCAAGCAGCGUACUCAGCCCAAUAAUCUGGUUUACAAACAGGAGGUCCCCGCCAUUAAUAAAGAAACAAAGAAACUUAUUGAUAAAGGAAUCAAUAUAAUCAUUGCUCUGGGACAUUCGGGCUAUGAUAAGGAUAUGGAUAUAGCCAAGCGUUGUCCGGACGUCGACGUCGUAGUGGGUGGUCAGUCACACACUUUUCUAUAUUCCGGAAAGGCUCCGAGCACGGAUAUUCCGGAGGGUCCCUAUCCGACUAUAGUGAUAAAGCCGGAUGGCAGAAAGGUGCCUGUUGUCCAGGCCUAUGCCUAUACCAAAUAUCUGGGAAAACUAUCGCUAGAAUUUGACAAUAAUGGGAACCUGCUGACUUUCAAGGGCAGCCCUAUUUUACUAGAUAAUAGCUUUAAGCCAAGAAAAGAUGUUCAAAAUUAUCUUCAACAAUAUCGUCAGGUCAUCGACGAUAUGGAGCGCAAUGUGGUUGGGACAACUUCGGUUUAUCUGAAUGGCGAUAGAAGAAGCUGCGGUUUUGGCGAGUGUAAUUUUGGUAACUUUAUAGCGGACAGCUUUGUUUAUAAUCGAGUAAUGGAAGCCUUGUCCCUACGAAGAACUUGGACCGAUGCUCCUAUUGGUCUCAUUAAUGCUGGCGCCAUUAGAGCCUCCAUUGAUCCCGGGGAAACGGGUGUCAUCACAGAGGCCGAUGUGGUGACUGUACUUCCCUUUAGCCACGCUAUGUUCUAUACCAGGAUUAGUGGUAAUCAAUUGAUAAAAGCCUUGGAACACUCUGCCCACAUGCGGAGCAAACGGAUGUCUGGUGCCUUUCUUCAGGUUUCAGGACUUCGUCUGAAGUUCAACUACAGCCAGCCUAAGGGUGAAAGGAUUAGUGAUCUUAAAGCCCUGUGCUCCGCCUGCCAGAUUCCCCACUAUGAGCCCGUCGUGAGCCAGAAGUAUUAUGGUGUAGUACUCACCUCGUUUCUGUUGAACGGCGGUGAGGGCUACAAUUUCAUCGAUCGAAAACAUCCGGAAGUUGCGAAUCUUACCAUUCUCGAUCGCGAUGCAGUUAUACGGUAUCUCAAGGAGCACAAGAUCAUUUACCCGGAACGGGAGGACCGACAAUCUGCACGGGAGAUGCGUGAAACCAACUUGGCUUCCAACUUGUUGUCGUUUGAACGCUUUUUGUUAGUUAGCUUUUUGUACUUUUGUCACUUUAUUCUCGUUUAAGAGUCGAGUCUGCGAAAUGGGAAAAGAAAACGAUCUGCGUCUCCAUGGGGCAUCAUUAUCAUUAGAAUUCGCUUUCUGUUUUUGUCCGUUGCGCAACCGCUUAGAACUGAGAUCAGCGAUUAGUUGAAGUGUGAGCAGUGACCUUUCCUAUAUAAACAAACAUGUCUAAAAUCAGAUUAUAAAUAUAUAUUAUCA